UCAUUCUUAUAGAUAGUAUAUUGCGUGUUGCAGAUGGAAAUCAGAAACACUUCAUGUUUCCAACCUUCUUCAAGUAGCAGUAAGAAUCUCUCUCUCUCUCUCUCUCUCUCUCUCUCUCUCUCUGGUAGGGCUACUGCACCAGAAGAUGAGCAACAGAGAGGAAGCCAUGGUGGAUGACGAGAGGAGGAAGCAGAAGCCAUGGUUGAUAAGACGAGGAUGGUCGAGUGGCCAGAUUAAGAGCUUCGCUGCGCUCUCCAGUAGCCUCCUUCCGGCCUUCGGAGCUGGCGUUGAUGGAAACUACCCUGACAUCAAGAAAUAUAUCAUUGCACCGUAUGAUCCCCGUUACAGGUGGUGGCAGAUGUUUCUGAUCGUGCUGGUGUUCUACUCAGCAUGGGCGUCGCCGUUGGAGCUGGCGUUUCCACAGGUGAGCUCGGGCUCGCUCCUCGUCGUCGACCUCGUCGUCGACGUGUUCUUCGGCGUCGACAUCGUCGUCUCCUUCUCCGUCGCCUACUUCAACAGCUCCACGUACCUCCUCGUAGACGACCGGAGAAAGAUAGCAAAGAGAUACUUGACACGGCCAUGGUUUGUGAUGGACGUGGCAUCUACCAUCCCCUUCCAUAUCAUAUACCGAAUCAUCACCGGUAGAGGGAACGGUGGGUCGGUCUUUGGAGUCGUGAAUCUGCUCCGGCUGUGGCGGCUCCGGCGGGCAAGCAAGCUGUUCGCAAGGCUGGAGAAGGACAUUCGAUUCAGCUACUUCUGGACAAGAUACGUGAAGCUCAUCUGCGUAAGCUCAUCUGCAUGCCACGCAUGGAAUCCGCAUGAGUUGGGGUCUUUUGGGCCACGUUGUCUUCUUCUUCUUCUUCCUGGCGCAGGUGACACUGUUCGCGGUGCACUCAUCGGCUUGCGUGUAUUACUGGAUGGCCAUCCACUACCGGGUGAAGGAGAAGACAUGGAUCGGCAGCCUGAUUCCGGAUUUCCAAGAGCGAAGCAUAUGGCUGGGCUACACCUACGCCGUUUACUGGUCCAUCACCACCCUCACAACCGUCGGCUACGGCGACUUGCACGCCUGGAACACCGGCGAGAAGGUGUUCACCAUCUUCCUCAUGCUCUUCAACAUCGGCCUCACCGCCUACCUCAUCGGCAACAUGACCAACCUCAUCGUCCACGCCGCCACCCGCACCUUCCUCAUGAGGGACACCAUUCAUCGAGUUUCGCGGUUCGCGAGCAAGCACCGGCUGCCGGACGGCCUGCGGGAGCAGACGAUGGCACACCUACAGCUCCGGUUCAAGACGAUGGAGUUGCAGCAGGAAGAGGUGAUCGCGGACCUGCCCAAGGCGAUCAGAUCCACCAUCGCCCAGCACCUCUUCCGGCGCACCGUGGAAGCCACGUACCUCUUCAAAGGAGUCUCACCGGAGUUCAUAGUGCAGCUGGUUUCAGAGAUGAAAGCAGAGUACUUCCCUCCCAAAGUGGACAUCAUCAUAGAGAACGAGAUCCCCACGGACCUGUACAUCAUCGUCUCUGGCGCGGUGGUAUGGAUGUCUUGACAUCUAAGAAUGGAGCAGAAAAGUUUCUGUCAACAGUAGGUCCUGCAGAUCUGGUAGGAGAAAUUGGGGUAAUCUUCAACAUCCCACAGCCCUUUACGGUGCGAAGCAAGAGGCUUUCGCAGGUCGUUCGAAUCAGUCAUCGACAUUUUAUGCAGAUUGUGCAGCCAUAUAACGCAGAUGGGAAGAGAGUCUUAUCCAACUUCAUGCAGUUCCUCAAGGAGCUCAGCACAGACUUGAUUGAAGAGGUAGCCUUUGUGCCAGAGUUGCUGAAGCAAAUGAAUGAGGAAGGAAUCUCAGAGGAACUACAGAAUCUUGAAGCAUCAAUGUCAAAUGACCAAGAAACUGCUGCACAAGAGCCACUAACAGCAGCUUAUAGCUCAUAUUCAUGUGAUUUAGACAAGAGAGUGACAAUUCAUGGACAUCAUCCUGAUGAAACUAGCAAAAUAGGAAGGCAUGCUGCAGGAAAACUCAUUUUUCUACCUGAUUCAAUGGAAGAACUACUGAAAUUGGCAGAAGUAUGAGAGGUGAGUAGUAAAAGAAUCAAAAGUGCUUGGUCUCAGCUGGUGGAUCCAUUCCAGGUUCAUGACAAGGGAAGGUUACUGAGUUCUCAACUAAUUAAAGCUAUCAGAAGUGAUACUUGCCGAAAAGUUUGAGUCUAUUUCAAUCAUUAAAGUUACCAUUUUGUUGUUAUUGUUAUUGUUGAAUCAUAAAUGUUAGUAUCACAAAGAACAUUCUAUCAGUCUGUAAAAUAUAUGUAUUUCAAUUUUUUUCUCUUCAUAUACUCCCUAACAACAGACAAUGAUUGCAACCAUCCAAC